CCGUGGGCGGAGCCUGACGGACGGCGAGCCACUGUGGUAGCGUGACUGAUUUCUGCUGUCCGCUCAACGACGUACUGACAGAGAGACGUUUUGAGAGCCGGUACAAUUAUGUCCGACGACGAACAGCAAGAGCAGACCAUCGCGGAGGACUUGGUCGUGACCAAAUACAAGAUGGGCGGUGACAUUGCCAACCAGGCGUUGCGAGUGGUCAUCGAGGCAGCCAAACCAGGAGUAUCAGUUCUCAGCCUCUGUGAGAAAGGAGAUGCUUUUAUCAUGGCAGAGACUGGGAAGAUCUUUAAGAGGGAGAAGGACAUGAAGAAAGGCAUUGCGUUCCCCACCAGUGUGUCAGUCAAUAACUGUGUCUGCCACUUCUCUCCCCUGAAGAGCGACCCAGACUACACGCUGAAAGAUGGCGAUUUGGUGAAAAUUGAUUUAGGAGUACAUGUUGAUGGCUUCAUCUCCAACGUGGCACAUAGCUUUGUUAUUGGAGCUACCAAGGAAGCACCUGUGACGGGAAGGAAAGCUGAUGUCCUCAAAGCAGCACACCUGUGUGCCGAAGCAGCUUUGCGUCUCGUCAAACCAGGCAACCAGAACAAUCAAGUAACUGAGGCCUGGAACAAGAUUGCCCAGUCAUUCAAGUGCAAUCCAAUUGAGGGUAUGCUGUCCCAUCAACUAAAGCAACAUGUUAUUGAUGGAGAGAAGACUAUUAUCCAGAACCCUACAGAUCAACAACGGAAGGACCAUGAGAAGGCAGAGUUUGAGGUUCAUGAAGUUUAUGCCGUGGAUGUGCUGAUCAGCACAGGAGAGGGGAAGGCAAGAGAUGGCGGUCAGAGGACAACCAUCUACAAACGGGACCCCAGUAAGCAGUAUGGGCUGAAGAUGAAGACCUCCAGAAUGUUCUUCAGUGAAGUGGAGAGACGCUUUGACGCUAUGCCCUUCACUCUUAGGGCUUUUGAGGAUGAAGGGAAAGCUCGUUUGGGAGUGGUAGAGUGUGCUAAACAUGAGCUUCUGCAGCCUUUUACUGUACUGAAUGAAAAAGAAGGUGAAUUCGUGGCUCAGUUUAAGUUCACAGUGCUGCUGAUGGCCAAUGGGCCCUUGAGAAUCACGAGUGGACCAUUUGAACCAGAACUCUACAAGUCUGAACAGGAUGUUCAAGAUCCUGAACUGAAGUCUCUGAUCCAGAGUUCUGCAAGUCGCAAAGCACAGAAGAAGAAGAAAAAGAAGGCCUCUAAAACUGCAGAAACCGCUACAGGCCAACCAGCUGAGAAUGAAGUUGCAGCCAAAUAGAGGCGACACGACUUGACUCUCUCAUGAAACCCCCGAAGAGCAAAAACUUCAACGUUUCUCUCCUGCCCUACUGUUUUAACCUCUUCUUUAACAAAUGUUUAAUCAAGAGUCUGUGUUAAAGCCUUGUUUAAACAUUUUUGCCUUCCCCUGUAAUGGAGAAAUGUCAUUAAGAUUUGGACUCCAAGCGAGUGCAACAAAUUUGUACUUUCAUAAUGAAUCUAUUUACUCUUUUGAAGCACUCGAUUUACAUUUCAACUGGAACACAAUGCCUUUUUCAAAAUGUAAUUAAAAAAACCUUUGCAAUUCUUUUGUAGAGUUGCAUUUUUCACAUGUACUUAAUUGAAAUACACAUGACUGUUUGAAAUGCUUUGUUUGGCCCAAAGGUACGCUAGAUUAGAUUAAGUGGUUUGAAGAAAUAAACUAAUUCGGCUUGAAGCUAUUUCUCAGGGUUAGGAAAAUAAAAACAAAAUCUCCCUUAUCUGAGAAGUAGUUUUGUACAAUUGGGAUUGAGAGCACAUCCAUGGAGAAUUUCAUGUCUUUAGAAUUGCAAUUUGAUGUACAGGAUCCCUCUUAGCAGUCUUGAGAAGUUAUUGUGUCUCACAAAAGGGAAGAUCAUGUUUUUUUCUAACUGCCAUCCGUAACAUUUCAUAGUUCAUAUGUGCGUCUCUUAAAACGCUAGGGAAUUGUUUGUUCAUUCUUGCAUAUGUCCUUUUCUUCACGUUUUGGUGUUUUUAAUCAUCUUUUGUUGAUGCAGGGAGAUUUUUCCAAACAAAUUUUAAAAUUAAUAUUAAAAAGUCUGAUUUAUUAGGGGUUUUGUUGAAGGUCUGAUCCAAAAUACAUUAAAGCUACUUGUACCCACUGAAGCGGGUUAUAACUUCCACUUGCCAAGGGCCAACAUAUUAUCACUAUCUUUACUUUUACAAAGCAAUAGAGUGCCUGUUUGACUGAAUAUUCAGAUCAAAACUAGGCUCGGACUAGAUUGAGAAGCUUUCCAAGCAUCGUCUACAAUCUUGUCAGUGCAGUUAUUUCAAAAGAGGCAAUGAAGCAGCUCUAGAGCAUUUCUGGAUCAGCCAUAUUAUUUGGGGUUUAGUUGAGGUUGGCUCAGUAGAUCUUUUGAAAUGUUGGUUAUUGUGACUUUUUGUUCUGUUUCCAGAUUGUAAAGGUUUAUGUGGGAGAGGAGGUUGGAAGUUUGGAAUCGACACAAUCUUGUUUUGUAGUACGAACCAUCAUAUGGGACUAUUUUACAACUAAUGAAAUAAAACAUAACUUUGAAUAGAA